AUGGUGAUUGUUUGGUGCAACCACUGCUUACCGACUUAUAUCAGAAAGAAUCCAUUUGGUGGCGAGUAUACAGUGUUUGCGGGUUUGGAGGACUGCUUGCAUUAUAUCAAGAAUUUUCAGUUCUCGAAAUCAGACAUUGUCUUUUUGCGCUCGGUAUUGCCGGGAACUACGAAUCCAGCAUUUUUUGAGUACCUCGAAUCGCUUGACUGCAGCAGUGUGACCGUUCGGGCUGCCGCGGAAGGUAGUAUAGUUUUUCCGAAUGUUCCAUUAAUAACCGUCGAAGGUCCGAUAGCUGUUUGUCAGCUGUUAGAAACAACACUGCUUACUCUGGUCAAUUACUCAAGUCUCGUGGCUACAAAUGCGUUGCGAUUUCGCAGUGCUGCUGGAAGUAAUGUACAGCUUUUUGAAUUUGGUUUGCGAAGAGCCCAGGGGCCAAAUGGUGGUCUUUCAGCAAGUAAAUAUUGCUUCUUAGGAGCACUCGUUUAA